AUGGCCGAAGCCUACUACCGCAAAGGUGAGUUUGAGGAGGCCUUGACCCUGUUUGAACGGGGCAAACGAAUGCGACCCUCCAUAACUGCCUUCCAGAUCGGCGUGUAUAAAUGCGAGCAGGCUAUUGAGAACAAUUGUGGAAUGGACUGCAAUCUGGAGUUGGGCCCGGAUCUGGAUCUGACUGCCUACUACCUACACGCCUUCCCGCCCAAGGUCAUUCGUAGAGCAGCCGAUAGGAAGGUGGGUAGCAAGGUGGUGUCAGCUGCAAAGAAGGUGGAAAAAUGGCCAAUCGAUAUGCCAACCGAAGUACUGAACACGCUGUUUGGCAAACAAUACCCCGAAUAUGUGUACUUGCGUCAACUCUAUGAGGUUGAAGGAAAACGGGAGAAGUUCCUGAAACAAUCUGGCAUCACUCUCAUGCGUAAGUCUACGAUUAUUGACGUGUUUUAUUUACAACACCACAAGUUCAGACUCUUUAUGAAAUUUACCCUGUAG